AUGGACAGUCACAAUCUCGCAGCCAUGUUUUCAGGAUGGGGCACUGCUACCUCGCUGGCUGCCAUCUCAAUUCUUCUCGGAUUUUACGUAUUCUAUUUUCAAUACUACCACACCCUAAACCUUGAGUCACAGAACUUGGAUCACGAACUGAUUUUAAUCACCGGGGGUUGUGGUGGUACUGGAGGACAGAUGGUUGAAGAUCUAACUCGCAGAAAAGCCCGGGUUCUGGUCCUCGAUGUUCAUGAACCUCAGAAUGAAACAGCAGAAGGAGUUCACUUCUACAAGGUCGACAUCAGUUGCCCUCAAGCCGUCUCUGAGGUGGCUGCAUCGAUAAGAGAGGUACACGGAGACCCAACUGUAUUGAUAAACAAUGCCGGCGUCUUUUGUCAACGCACCAUUCUUGAGAUACCUGAAGAUUUGCUACGGCAGACCUUUGAUGUCAACGUGCUCUCUCAGUUUUAUAUCAUCAAGGAGUUCCUCCCUGCUAUGAUUCGCAAAGACCAGGGACACAUUAUCACAAUGGCGAGCAUUGCAAGCUUCGUGGCCGUUGGAGAAAUGGUUGACUACUGUUGCUCAAAAGCCAGCACCCUUGCCUUUCAUGAGGGCCUUACACAAGAGCUCCGGCACUUUUAUGCUGCCCCCAAUGUGCUUACUACUAUCGUUCAUCCGCUUUGGGUCGAUACCCCGAUGAUCAAGGGAUUGACCGAUUAUCAAUCAACGUUCCGCCAGCCAAUUUUGACUGCAAAAGCUGUAUCAGAGAGAGUUGUGAAGCAGAUCGCUGUCCGACAAGGUGGGCAAAUUAUGCUGCCCAGGAAGAUGUUUAUCAUCAGAUCUCUCAGAGGCAUGCCACUCUGGUUUCAAGAGAUGAUACGUUCCCAUUUCUCGAAAGUUGUCUCCAGAGUCAGAGCAGUGCGCGCGGGUAGUGAAUGA